AUGAAGAACAACUUUCCAUCCAUUCAGGUUCAGAUUCAGGUGCAAAUGCACAAACCAGAAAGACUGUUGGGAGACUACGGAGGUGCAAAUGCACAAACCGACAGAUUAACUAUUGUCAACCAACCAGUGAACGUGGCUAAUUUCCAGCUGCACCUAAGUACCAUUAAUCAACUUGAAAGGAAGCAUGUUACUGGAAAAGUGAAUGAAUAUGAAAACAAGCAUUUGCAGAGGUUUCUGACCAUGAGCAACACUCUGAAAAUUGAUGGUCACACUGAAGAAGCUAAGAAAUUGAGAAUGUUCCCGUUUACCUUAGCGGAAGAAGUUGAAGAGUGGUUUUAUUCUUUACCUGCCGGUAGCAUCACAUCUUGGGAAGAAAUGGAAAAACCCUUCCUGAAUGAGUAUUUUCUAGCAUCGACCAAACAGCUAAUUGAUACUGCAGUCGGUGGUUCCACAAAUUUUUCAACAACCACCGGAAUCAAGAAGAUCAUUGAAGCUAGUGCUGCUAAUGAACACAAGGAGUUGUACGAUGGGUAUCAAAGUAAACCAGAAGGGGUUAUAGAUUUAAAGCCAGAAACUAAUAAAAUAUGUAUUGAAGAUACUAUAGCUGCUGAAGUUGAUAAGAAGCUGAAGGCGAUGAAUAUAGGUACCCAACAAGUGGUGCAGGUCCAACCGGUUCCUACUGUCUACUGUGAAAUUUGUAGUGGUCCGCACCAAACUGUUUAUUGUUUUGAAACUCCUCAACAAGUGGAGGAAAUCAAAUUUUUGAAGCAAAAUAAUCCUUAUUCUAACACAUACAAUCCUGGUUGGGAGAAUCAUCCCAACUUCUCAUGGAAAGACCAAAAAGGAACCGCUCCUCAAUAUGCUUCGAGUUCUCAAGCACAAGGUGCUCUACCUAGUGCAACGGUGAUAAAUCCUAGAGAGCAUAAUAAUGUGAGCGCGGUGACAACAAGAAAUGGUAAAUCGGAUGAAGUUGUCGAGGAAGUGGAUGAAGAGGAAGACCAAUUGAUCGAAGUGGACCUUGACAUCAAAGAAAAUGAAGUUGUUAGAGAAAAAGUGGUAGCACCGAAACCAGUUGUGAAGGAAACAGUCGUUGAGCCCAAGCCAGUUGUUAAGCUUCCCUUCCCCACUAGAAACAAGAAAAAAGGACAACAUGAGAAAAACUUUGAAACAUUCUUUGAGUUAUUCAAGAAGCUGGAGAUUAACAUUCCUUUGUUAGAGGCACAUGAACAAAUGCCUACUUAUGCCAAGUUCAUGAAGGACAUCAUUUCAAGGAGGCGUACCACCGACACUAGCCCGAUUAUUCUAACUGAAACUUAUAAUGCUAUUUUGCAGGGUAUGAAGAUUCCGAUAAAGAAGAAGGAUUAA